AUGGUUAUUAUCAGGAUUAAAAACCAAAAUUUAUUUAGAUUAUUCAAAAAGCAUCCUGAAAUCGCUGCAUAUUAUGGGGCCGAGGAUCUCGAUCCUGACUCUAUCCCGAAAUCUCAAAAAUUUGUGAUGAUGGGAAUGUCAGAAUUACAAUACUUUUUCAAGCUCCCUGAGGUGUUCGGAGAUGAAAGGAAAUGGAGAUCUGCUCUCUCCGUGAUUAAGGAUCACUACGAAGAAGUUGGAGUUCCUAUGUCCGAAUUUAAUAAAGCCACCGAACCUUUAUUAGCUGCACUGGAAAAGAAUGCAGGAGGAAUGACGAAUGAGCAACGAAGUAAUUGGCAGGAAAUGCUUAAGAAGGCUUAUGAAGACAUGAAAAAAUGGGGUUGGUACUGA